AGGUGUAGGGGGGGGCGGCGGCGCCAUGGAGCGGGCCGCGGCAGCCGAGGGCGGCGGGACGCGCCGGGCGGCCAGGCCGGGCUCCCGGCAGCCCAGCACCGAGGCGCUGGACAGCCCUACAGGGUCACAUGUUGAGUGGUGUAAACAGCUCAUAGCUGCUACCAUUUCUAGUCAGAUUUCAGGGUCGGUGCCAUCAGAGAGCGUAUCCAGAGAUUACAGGGAGAUUCAGGAUGGACACAAUGGCUAUCAUUCUGAAGCAGAAGCUGAUCAGGCACUGAGAGAUGGGAACAAGCUGGCACAGAUGGAAGAGGCACCACUUUUUCCUGGAGAAUCCAUCAAAGUUAUUGCUAAAGAUGUCAUGUAUAUCUGUCCAUUUAUGGGAGCAGUCAGUGGUACGCUGACAGUAACGGACUACAGGCUGUAUAUCAAAAGCAUUGAGAGGGAUCCACCUUUUGUUCUUGAUGUUCCCCUUGGAGUAAUAAGUAGAGUUGAAAAGAUUGGGGCACAGAGCCAUGGAGACAACUCCUUUGGGAUAGAAAUUGUGUGCAAGGAUAUGAGAAACUUGAGGCUUGCCUACAAACAGGAAGAACAAAGCAGACUGGAGAUUUUUGAGAACCUUGUAACGCGUGCGUUUCCUGUCUCUAAUGGGCUGCCACUUUUUGCAUUCAGCUAUAAAGAAAAAUUUCCUAUCAAUGGCUGGAAAGUUUAUGAUCCAAUGGCAGAAUAUAAGAGGCAGGGUUUGCCCAACGAGAGUUGGAAAAUAUCCAGAAUUAACAGCACUUUUGAACUCUGUGAUACUUAUCCUGCCAUCCUUGUUGUGCCAACCAGUGUGAAGGAUGACGACCUCUCAAAAGUGGCAGCGUUUAGAACCAAAGGAAGAGUUCCAGUGUUAUCGUGGAUUCAUCCCGAGAGCCAGGCAACCAUAACACGCUGCAGCCAGCCUCUGAUAGGACCAAAUGACAAACAUUGCAAAGAAGAUGAAAAAUACUUACAAACCAUAAUGGAUGCCAAUGCCCAGUCGCACAAGCUUAUCAUCUUUGAUGCCAGGCAAAAUAGUGUUGCUGAUGCAAACAAAGUAAAAGGUGGAGGCUAUGAAAAUGAAAGUUCCUAUCCUAAUGUUGAACUGGUUUUUUUGGAAAUUCAUAACAUUCAUGUGAUGAGAGAAUCACUGCGCAAACUGAAAGAAAUAGUUUAUCCUGCUAUUGAUGAGGCUCGGUGGUUGUCCAACAUAGAUUCAACACACUGGUUGGACUACAUAAGGAUGCUUCUUGCUGGAGCAGUCAGAAUUGCUGAUAAAAUCGAAUCUGGUAAAACAUCGGUGGUGGUACACUGCAGUGAUGGCUGGGAUCGAACUGCCCAGCUGACUUCAUUAGCCAUGCUUAUGUUGGACAGCUAUUAUCGAACUAUCAAAGGAUUUGAAACUCUUAUAGAAAAAGAGUGGAUAAGUUUUGGACAUCGGUUUGCCAUGCGAGUAGGCCAUGGAGAUGAUGAUCAUGCUGGUGCUGACAGAUCUCCCAUUUUCCUUCAGUUCAUUGAUUGUGUUUGGCAAAUGACAAGGCAGUUUCCUGCAGCUUUUGAAUUCAAUGAACUUUUUUUGGUCACCAUUUUGGAUCAUCUUUAUAGCUGCCUCUUUGGGACUUUUUUAUUCAACUGUGAACAAGAGCGCGUGAAAGAAGAAAUAAGCACAAAGACUGUAUCGUUAUGGUCCUAUGUUAAUAGUCAACUAGAUGAAUUUACAAACCCUUUCUAUGUAAACUAUGAACACCAUGUCCUGUAUCCAGUUGCCAGUCUGAACCACUUGGAGUUAUGGGUAAACUAUUAUGUCAGAUGGAAUCCACGAAUGCGGCCACAGGUGCCAAUUCAUCAGAAUCUGAAGGAGCUACUUGCCAUCAGAGCUGAGCUGCAGAAGAAGCUGGAAGAGCUGCAGCGGGAAGCUACUACUCGAUCCAUUUCUUCGUCCUCGGAUAGAGGAUCCUCCCCGUCUCACUCCGCCACGCCUGUGCACACUUCUGUCUGACGUAUGACAAGAGCCAUGGAAAGCAACUCAGGCCAGGUAUACUGAGAGAGGGGGCAGUUUUUUUUUUCCCUUCCUCAAGGACUGAGCGGCUUAAAAUUGCUACGAUCUACAUGCCUUACUCUGUGUCUGUUUUCUGUUACGAGGCCAAAAAGAGCUUCGGUAGUUGUGACGGUAUUUUCUUAUGUUGGCAGUUCCUGUGCGUCUGUUUUGACAUCUCUAGUUAAAUCACCAAUUGUAGAAUUUACUUUAUUUUGAGCAACCAACAAUUUAACCAUCUUAAAAAGGAACCCAUCUGUCAGACAGAUAAUGCAAGAGGCUUUUUGCUAUCUUGGGUACAGUGGCUGGUUGAGAAAACCAACUGAAAUGCCAUGUGACACUUGCGCUUAAUCAGAACAUUGUGAUUUUGUUGUUGUGAAUGGGAACUCUCUAUUUAACUCAGUACAUAUAUUUUUUUUAUACAGAGCAACUGUUAUUCUUGGGGAUGUGUUUGGGUAAUUGAUGCACUUUGAAACUGAUUUUAAAUUAGGUAUUUUCCAGUGCAGCCAGUUUUACAUUUUGAGUAAAUAUGUCAUUUAAAAUAAAUGGUUAUGAAGAUAGCAGGAUUUGCCAACUAUUGCACACUUAUUGGUACUUGUAUUGCUGUAAUAUAUUUGGUGAAGCAUGGAUUUUAGAUUUUUUUUAAUGCCUUUUUUUACAAGUUUGAAUGCGGUCUUUUGAUUAGUUUAUUGUCAGUUUCACCGUCAAGUGAGGUGUGAGCUUAAUCGCGUCAGCGUCUCGUGCGAAGUACCAUUAGCUUUCUAGUAAAGGCAGUGUUUUGGCUUAGACUGGCACUGAACCGUGUAGUCCACAACUUCGCAUUUUCUUACGUGUAUCCUGUUAAACAUGUACACACACAAUUCUCCGUGUGCUUGAGUGUGUGUACGCAAUGCUAAACGCAUGUACACACACUCUCUCAGUUUUAUAUUUUAUGUGUUCAGAAAAAUGGUUCCUGCCUCUCCAAACAUUUUGGAAGAUAUUAACCUGUAACAACUUUGUUUGACAAAGAUUUUAAAUCACUUGAUCGUAGUUGGUUUCCUUGAAAUAACCUGUUGGCUUUUGCAAUGCUGCCAGCAGUUUUCUCAAAAGUGAAUAAGCAAAACCGGUUUCAAUCAGUUAUCCAUAUUUUUAUAUAAAGUAUUUAUUACUUGUUUUGUUUCCGUCUACCUGUCAGCCACCUUGAUUAAAGCUUUAUUUGAUCAAC